UAUUUGCGUAAUAUUUUAUUUAGAGAACAUAAUUAAGGUUAAAAAAAAUAUUUGGAAUAUAUUUUUAUGUUCAUUACUUCAGCACUUUAUCGUAAGAUUAAAAAGUCUUCUUUUAGAAUGAAGGUUCAAGUAGGUUUCUUUUCAGUUGCUGCUGUUUUUUUCAUUCUUUUCAUUGUUCUAUCAUUCAAUCAAGCAAAUGGAGAAGUAUCUCAAAAAAAGAAAGGGCCACGUGUAACAAAUAAGGUUUUUUUCGACAUAGAAGUUGGUGGCAAGAAACUUGGUAGAAUUGUAAUAGGAUUAUUUGGAAAAACUGUCCCUAAAACUGUUACGAAUUUUGUUGAGUUAUCAAAAAAACCAAAAGGAGAAGGUUAUAAAGGCAGCAAGUUUCAUAGAGUUAUUAAAGAAUUUAUGAUUCAAGGAGGAGAUUUCACUAAUGGUGAUGGAACAGGAGGAAAGAGUAUCUAUGGUAUGAAAUUUAAAGAUGAAAACUUUAAAUUGAAACACGCUGGUCCUGGUUAUUUGUCAAUGGCAAACGCUGGUAAAGAUACUAAUGGUUCUCAAUUUUUCAUUUGCACCGUCAAGACAUCUUGGCUCGAUGGAAAACACGUUGUAUUUGGAAAAGUUUUAGAGGGAAUGGAUGUUGUCACUGCUAUUGAAAACACUCCUGUGAAUGGAAGCACGCCUAAAAGUGAUGUUAUUAUUGCCGAUAGUGGUGAACUUGAAUUAAAGGAACCUUUUAAUCUAGACAAAGAAUGAGUUACUUUAUUUGAUAUCGACAUUUGUUGAGUUAAUUUUUUUAAGGUUUUUUAAAAUAUAAAUAAAGUUACUAAAGAAAAUAUAAAUUUCUCAAAUAUGUA